UGCUCUUCCACGGUUAAACACGCGUAUCGCUUUUUAACGACCUCGCGUUCUUUUCAUUGCGUGAUAUACUUAUUUAUUAUUUCAAAACACAUAAACGAUUUUGUGGAGAAAACUUAAAUUCUAAAUGGAUUAAAUGAAUAUUUUUUAAGUUGUUCGUGCUUACUUAUUCGGUUUGUGAAUCAAAACUUCAAAUCACUGGAUUAUAAUUAUUGUCAAAGUGUCAAAGUCUGGAUGAAGUUCUAAUAACGAAAAAUUAAUGGAGGCAAUGGUUUUCUGGUGUUAUUGGAAUAAUUUCGGAAUUCAGUAUCUAAUAUUUGCAAUAACAUCAAUCAAAAUGGUAUUGGAUGCAAAACCAAUAGUUCCAGCUGAAUCAAGCAAAGAAGAAAUAAGUCCAUACUGGUCUUUCAAUGAGACUGCUGAUAUAUCCAAGUACGAAGAUUUUGACCAUAGAAAGUUCUUAGAGCAUGAACUUCACCUAGACGUAUCUGACCCAGAGAACGCCGACGAGAUACAACCGUCGGUUAAGCUUCGUACCACCACGUUGGCGCCAUCCACGCCGACUCCCGAGCCAAUCAUACAUGUUGGCACGACAAACGUUACAGUUCAGCUGGGCAGCACGGCAUUACUUCACUGCGAGAUAGCCAACAUAUCCGAGAAAAUGGUGUCUUGGGUACGGCGGAGAGAUUGGCAUAUACUGAGUUCAGGUGUGUUGACGUACAUAAAUGACGGACGCUUCCGAGUAUUUCAUUCUGAAAAAAGUGAUGACUGGGAUUUAAGGAUAUCACCAGUUGCUAAAAUCGACAACGGUACUUAUGAAUGCCAGGUUGGCACAGGCACUGGUAUCAUGACACAUUAUUUCAACUUGUUCGUGAUUGUACCUACCGCUGUAAUAUCAGGUAGCGAUGAAUAUCACACACCCGAAGGAAAUUCAAUAGUAUUGUGUUGUAAAAUCGAAAAUAGCCCAGUACCACCGCAGUACGUGUUAUGGUAUCAUAAUGGUAAAGUUAUAUCGGCCAGUCAUUUUAACAAAAAUGGACUGAAACCCGAUCGUCUGUCCAUCAGCACGGAACAGAUAGAUCGUAAAAUUCACAGUCGCUUGACAAUCACAAAAGCAAUCCAGAUUGAUACAGGAAAUUAUACGUGUCAGCCUCCAAACACUGACCCCGACUCUACUUACAUUCACAUCACGCCAGAAAUUGACAACACAGCCGCAAUUCAACGACACAAAAGCUCAAAUUCAGCUCUGUUAGUGACAGAAUUGUCAAUUUUUCCAUUGGCAUCGUUCCUUCUUAUUGGUCACAAUGGAUUUCGAUGGGUUUUUUUAUAAGUACAACUAUACUUGGUUUUUACUAAAUUGAGUAAUUCAAAUAUUUUUGGUGUAACCUUUACCAUAUUAAACAUUAUUUUAAUGUUAAUAAAAUAUUGAAGUACUCUUCAUGGACUUACUAAAACUGUAAAGAAGUUUUUUGUAAAAAAAAAAAAAAAUUUUCCAUAAUCUUAUUGUAUACAAAUCAUGUAUAAAAAAAAAUAUAACCUUUUUAAGGUUUCAAAAUGGUAGGGACAAAUUUAUUGUAUCCCAGUGCUUUACAUUUUUAGUCUAAAGUUUUAUUGGGAUUUUUUUUUUCAUUUUAUGUUAGCUGAAAACUUAAAAACUUGUAAUAUACAAUCCUCCCACUUUGAAUUUUACCACAUUAUUUUAAAGUUUUAUUUUGUCAUUAAUUUAUUUUUAUUUUUUAAAUAGUUGAUUCACUGUAACUGGUUAUGUUGGCGAAAAUCCUAAUAAUUGUACCUACUUAAAAUAAGUAAUUAUAUUUUCUCUUAUUAAUUUAUUGUAUAUAGUUUUCAAUGAUUUAUAUACUUUUUAACAGACACUGUCAUGUGACAUGUACUAUCUACUAAAUGAAUUAUUUAUCAAGUUUACAGUAUUAUGUAUAUUGUAGUAUGAUAUUGAUUUUUAAUUUAUUAUUAAUUAACAUCUAUUAAAUCAUUUUCUAUCAUUGAAAAAAUGAUUAAAAUUUUAUAUUAAUUUAUUUAAAAAUAUUCUGGCUGUUAAUAUACGGUUUUAAGUCAAUGGGUGGUUAAGAAUUUUAAAAUUUUAAAUUACCGUGAUAAAUGUGUUAAAUUAUAUUGUUUCGUUUAUUUUAUUGAUAAUUAUUUAUUAAUUGUGUUAUAUUAUCAUAUAAAUUUAAUUUAAAUAUAUUUAAAUAUUUUAUGUUUAAAUAAACAUACGUUUAUGUGAAAAAAUGUAAUCAUUUUCCUGCGCUAAAAAUUAUACGAUAUAAUAUUAUAAU